AUCUCAGUAGACGGUGGCCGGAGAGGGACAAUGGUUUCCAUGUCAGCGGACCCACGCGCUCGCCAGGGGAAAGAUGCCCUGAGUGAGCGAGUGCGUGCUGAGGGGCGAUGAAGCGACCAGAGAUGCGGGUGGCCGGUAGUGCAAGAGCCAUGCCGCGCCGAGGCCUCGUGGAGGGGCCAGACUUUGAGUUUUUCCAGCGUCGCUAUUUCACGGCAGCCGAGGUGGCCCAGCACAACGUGCCGGAAGACCUGUGGGUGUCCUACCUGGGAUCCGUGUACGACCUGACGCCGCUGGCUCGCAAGUACAAGGGAGACGUGCUGCUAAAACCCAUCAUAGAAGUUGCGGGCCAGGACAUCAGCCACUGGUUCGACGCGAAGACCGGAGACAUCCGCAAGCACGUCGACCCGCUGACCGGCACCCUGAGAUACCGCACCCCCCGGGGCCGCUUCCUGCACGUCCCGCCGCAGCUGCCGCGUUCAGACUGGGCCAAUGAUUUCGGGAAGCCCUGGUGGCAGGGGGUGCGUUAUGAGGUGGGGCGGCUGUCUGCCAAGACCCGCAACAUCCGCAUCAUUAACACGCUCACGUCGCAGGAGCACACGCUGGAGGUGGGGGCCAAGGAGUCCAUGUGGGAGAUCCUGCACCGCUAUCUCCCCUAUAAUGCACACGCAGCCAGCUAUACAUGGAAGUACGAGGGCAAGAAACUGAACAUGGAUUUCACCCUGGAAGAGAACGGGAUCCGGGAUGAGGGUGAAGAUUUUGACUAUCUCAAUAUGGACGGUGCCCUCUACACACCUGCCAUUCUGCUCUACUUCAAUGAUGACCUCACAGAGCUGUAGGAGUGGAGCCGAAAGCUUAUGUAGACUCAGGAUGUAUUUUGAGUUUGGCUGUUUCUGUGCCCUGGAAGGGGGGGGGGGGGCGGAGUGCGGGACGUAGACCUCCACUCCACUCUGGGAACUGGCCUGUGGUUCCCGUGUCCCUCUGAAGCGUACAGGUCCUACUUCCCAGGCCCACUGUGAUUAGCUCAAAGUUAGGGAGAAUGCUAGAAGCACAUUCAUUCAUUCUCAGGAGUGACACGAGAAGAUGAGGUAUUUUGGAUUAGGGAGACAGCCAGAGCUCAGGCAGAACUUUCUGACAGUCGGAGAGGGAGGAGUCCUACACAGGGAUGAGGGAUGGGAGAAGUUUCGUGGCAGUGAUGGGAAUGGGGACGGCUGCAGGAGGAUGGGACUGCCACAGACAGGAACGGGAAGUGUCCAUCGCUGGCCAUACGGAACUGGCUGAUCUGCCUUCUGAACUUGAUAGUUAAAACCCCAAAGGGAAGAAAGGAAGUGAAGGGGUAGUCGGUAAUUCAGUCCGGAGCUUAUGGUACGUGCCUCAUACACCCUUUUAAAUACAACUACUCCAAGAGAUGGGCACCUUCGCCAC